GUUUCUAAGGUCACUGGUGGUGCCGUUGCUAAACUCUGUAAAAUUCGUGUAGUCCGUAAGGCGAUAGCUCGUAUCCUCACUGUUAUUAACCAGAACUACAAGCAAGAACUUCGAAAGUACUACGCUGGUCGCAAGUAUAAGCCAAUCGAUUUGCGCAAGAAACAGACCCGAGCCAUCAGAAGGCGAUUGACGAAACACGAGCAGAGUUUGAAGACUGCUAAGCAGUUGCACAAGCAGCGUGCUUUCCCAAUGAGGAAAUUCGCUGUCAAAGUAUGA